AUGUUCGCCAAGUUUUCCACCGCCGCCAUUCUGGCUCUCGCCAGCACCUCCAUGGUCGCUGCCCAGACCUCGACCGAGUGCAACCCCCUCAAGAAGGACUGCCCUGCUGACCCUGCUUUUGGCAAGGAUGGCAUGGACUGCGACUUCACCAAGGGUGAGUGCGAUGGCUUCAAGUCCAUCGGCACCAAGAUCACCUACGACAGCAACGGCGCCACCUUCCCCAUGAGCAAGAAGGGCGACUCCCCGACUCUCCGCUCCGACAAUUACAUCUUCUUCGGUCACGUCGAGGUCAAGGUCCAGGCCGCUGAGGGCAAGGGCAUUAUCACCUCCCUCGUUCUCCUCUCCGACGACCUCGACGAGGUCGACUUCGAGACUGUUGGCGCCGACAACAAGCAGAUCCAGUCCAACUACUUCUCCAAGGGCGAUGACUCCACCUACAACCGUGGCGGUUUCCACGCUGUCGACAGCCCUCUGACCAAGUCUCACGUUUACGCCUUCGACUGGACUGCCGAGAAGGUUGAGUGGUUCAUUGACGGCCAGUCUGUCCGUGUCCUUAAGGCCUCUGAUGUCGGUGACAAGUUCCCCCAGUCUCCCAUGCAGGUCAAGGUUGGCGCUUGGGUCGCCGGUUACGAGGGCAACUCUCCCGGCACCGUCGAGUGGUCUGGCGGUGUUGCCGACUUCUCCAACGGUCCCGCCACCGCUAUUUACCAGAGUGUCAAGGUUACCGACUACGCCGGCGGCUCCUCCGCCACCGACAAGAAGGUCAAGGAGUACGUCUACGGCGACCGCUCCGGCUCCGCCAAGUCUAUUGAGAUCAAGCUUGACGACGGCAGCUCUGGCUCUGGCUCUUCCUCGUCUUCUUCUUCCGCCUCCAAGAGCGCCACCAGCUCCGCCACCAGCUCUGCUUCCUCUGCUUCUUCUAGCUCUGCUUCCUCCUCCGCUGCCACCACCAUGACCAGCGCCACCUCGUCGACCGCUGCCAACUCUACCGGCCACUCCAGCACUCACUCGUCCGGCCAGGCCACCUCUAGCAGCAGCGCCACCCCCACCAGCGUUCCCAACGCUGCCCCCAAGGCCGGCCUCGCCCUCGGUGCCGUUGCCAUCGGUGCCUUUGUCGCUCUUGCCCUGUAA